AUUGUUGUGUGCUAUCUAUUGCUUUACGAGCAUUGUACGGCUCGCGAGAAAUAAAUUAAUUCCAGCCCCUUUCCAACCCACACAGGCCGCAACAUGGAGGAAAUCGAAUUGCCAAAAUUAGAAACCGACCAAAAAUCAUAUGCGGGCAUCCCGGAGGCUGUGUUUGUGGAUGAUGUGGAGCAGUACAUGAAAGAGUCCGGCAACGAGGAUAGCGUGGAAAAGGUGUUGAAAAACUUUGACGAACAGCACAGCAAGUACCGGUUCAUGGAGUACAACAUGGUAUCGCGCCGGAGACGACUCCGGCAACAAAUUCCGGACCUGACGAAAAACCUCGAAAUGAUUAAGCACCUGCGCGAGCAAACGGACGAUCAGGAAACGCAAUUUCUGCUCAGCGAGCAGGUGUUUGUGAAGACGAUUAUGCCUCCGACGAAAUCGGUCUGUCUGUGGCUCGGCGCGAACGUGAUGCUCGAGUACCCGCUCGAUGAAGCGGAGGAGCUGUUGCGACAGAACAAAAAGUCGGCCGAAGUGAAUUUGCGGUGUUUGGAGCACGAUCAGGAUUUUUUGCGUGAUCAAAUCACCACGACGGAGGUAAACAUGGCCCGUGUGCAUAAUUACGAUGUGAAGAAGCGACAGGCGCUGAAGUUAACGGGUGAGGACAAAGCGUAAGCGGAGGGA